GCAGACGAUCCGGUAAGUAAAACAAGGAAAAUGCGGAAAGAGAUAAAGAGAUAAGCCGGAAUGUGCCGGAGGCAGUGAGAACACAUGCAGGGAGCUCCAGACAGCGGACAGGGCUGAGGUCAGAGGGGGAGCCGGGGCUUUCUGCUGCCGCUGACUGACAUCCAGAGAGGCGGAACAAACACUUGGAGCUGUCCAGGGAAUGUUCCCUGAAGGUUACAAAAUCUCUGUCCAGCACCUCCCUGCUGACUGCAGCUAGAAAACUCCAGCUCAUGUGGGGAAGUUUACAACUGUCAGCUGUGGACCAACCUGACUUCUGGACAACACACCUGAUGGUCCCAACCCCAUUAAGAAGGAAGAAAUUCCACAAAUGAACCUUGACAAGGAACACCUGUGAAGUGAAAACCGUUUCAGAUUGUGCUGAGAGGAUAAAUAAGUCAACAUGCCUCCAAAACAACUCGGCAAGAAAGAGCGAAGGAAACUGUACACCUGUCUAGCAGGCGAGCUGGUGAUCAUGGCCGGGACCGUCAUGCUGGCCUACUACUUCGAGUACACCGACACCUUCACCGUGCACGUGCAGGGCUUCUUCUGCUACGACACCGCCUACACCAAACCGUACCUGGGACCAGAGGACCGCAGCGCCGUGCCGCCCGUCCUGCUCUACGCCGUGGUGGCGGGGCUGCCCACGCUGCUGAUCACAAUCACAGAGACUGUGCUGUUCCUGGUUCAGUACACAUCCAAAGAGUUCGACCGUUCAGAGAAGACGCUGGCCACUGGAGACUGCUGUUACCUCAACCCCCUGGUGCGCAGGACCUUCCGCUUCCUAGGAGUCUACACCUUUGGCCUCUUCACCGUUGACAUCUUUGUCAACGCAGGGCAGGUAGUGACAGGGAACCUGGCACCCUACUUCCUGACGGUCUGCAAGCCCAACUACACUGCACUAGGCUGCCAGCAGGCCCUGCGCUACAUCAGCCAUCAGGAGGCCUGCACAGGAAACCAGGACGACAUCCUGCGGGCUCGGAAGACCUUUCCUUCGAAGGAAGCGGCGCUCAGUGUCUAUGCAGCACUCUACCUGGCUAUGUAUGUGACGUGCACAGUGCAGGCAAAAGGCACUCGUCUGGCUAAGCCAGUACUGUCUCUCGGGCUCAUAUGUCUGGCCUUCCUCACUGGUCUGAACCGUGUGGCUGAAUACCGGAACCACUGGUCAGAUGUCAUCGCCGGCUUUAUCAUCGGCACUGCCAUUGCUACUUUUCUGGUGGUGUGUGUGGUCCAUAAUUUCAAAGGGAAGUUGCUGCUGAAUGAGGAGUCACUGGCAGAGCAGCAGACCAACACAGCCAUGCUCAACACCAGCCGGGUGGAGAGUCCUCUGGAGAAGUACAUUGCUUCGCAGAAUCACAUCGCCUUCGCUGAGGUCACAUGACGUGGAGUCGGCUGUGUGGCAGACCCACUGGACAUCCACGCUCUUCACUGUCCAAUCCUAUUAACUGGAGCGCAGCGCUAACCCAUUCUCUGUAUUUGUCUGGUCUGCGGUAUGUUGUUCAGUGUUGUCUUUAUCAGGCCCCUGUUGUCUUUUGCAGCUUCUUGUAGGAACAAAAAAAUAAAGAAAGAGCAGUCAGUAAGUCAGUGGGACAGAUUGCUUCUGCUUUUUCCAUCUAUGCACUUAUUCUGAAUCCUUGUCAAACUCUCGCCUUCCAACUAAAGCUUUGUUUUGAGGCAAAUCCUGCAGUGGACUUGUGGGAGACGAGAAGAAUUAGAAGAACAAGUGAAGAACUGGAUGCACCAUCUGAACUCUGCCUCGCUCAAUUAUUCUGUUAUUUUAUAUAUGUAUCAACAUUGUUCCAAAAAGGUGUCUAUAAGCAAAACUAUCUAGUCAGUUAGUUGAUUAAGUUUCCAAAGCCUCUCUUGUUUUUUAUUAUUUUGACCUUUCAGAUUUUGUUAUUGCUGUUAUCACAUCACCUUUAUACCUUUAUACUUUCAGAGCACUACUGUGAAUAUCAGGGUGUCGCGCUGACUUCUGACCUCAUAUUUAUCAACCUAAUCUAGGUGAAACUUUGGACUCUAAAUAAAAAGUACCAUUACAUAUUCAUUUCUCACAAACUUAAAAAUGAAAGCCAUUCAAGCAUUUUUUUUUUUUUCUUUUUUAUGUUCCUAAAUUUAAGACUGUCACAAGUCUCUCAGUGCUUGGUUAAGACUACACAAUGUUUGUCUGCUAACACGGUCGCUGUGUCAAAUGCAGCGACUGGAGUCACAGAUCCUUGCUGUGACUUAGCUGAGAGACAUGACGGCUGUAGCUGAUGUCACUGGGUAGGCAGUGCCAGGGACCAACGACCAGAAACAAGAACAAAGACAACAGUUGAAAGCAGAGUGCAUGAUACUGGCUGUCUUGUGUUCAGAAAAGCCUAGAAAACAUGAAGCAACUGUGGCUUGUUCCAAGAGGAUAGUUAUGGGUUGUUGGCCCCAUAGCAUUUCGCAUCACUAUGUUUACUGUUGUCUGUGGAGAAAACACUGUGAUCCUAUUGGUCAACAUCACAGACACGUGGUUCUUUUUGUAUGAGGUGAGAGGAGGUAUUCGUGAUGCAGCAGCGAUUAUCUUGAUACACUACGUGGGAUAAAAGUCAAAACUUCAGUGUUCAUGCCCAAAAUCUAUUCUAAAUCACACUCUACCUCUUUUUGGUCGCACAAAAGGGCACAGUCCAGUUAGCAUUCAUGACAACGUUGUAGUGAUUCUUAAUGAUUGAGUUAAAGAUAAAAACCAAUCUCAGCAUGGCUUUCAAAGCGUCUCUCUCUGUUAUAGACAACCUCCUGUAAUUUCAUUGCUCAUUUUGUUGGAGGAGGCUUGUUAUUAAGGCUGUACUGUGUUUUUCCAGCAUGUGAGCGAGCGUGCCGGUGAUGCACUGGUGAUUGGGUAUACUCUGGGACAAAUCCUGGUGGGCUACCAAAACACUCCACAUUUCUAGAGGCCCUGCUUUUCUCUUUACUGUUCCUCUCCUGUGGGUCAUUUAAGGUGCACAGGAGAGUGUGCUACAACCCAACCCAACUCAACAGUGGAAAGAUGUGGGCGUUCACCAGGCAGGGCUUAUUGCAGUGUAUCUCUUGCAAAUCUUAAUGUGUGGAAAUGUGUUUUUUUUAAGCAGUCUAGUACACACACACACACGGGUAUUUAUAUGUAUUAUAUAUAUGAUUGGGUCCUCGGUUUACGACGUCCUCGACUUACUGCGUUUCGUCAUUACGUCAGAACUGGUUAUGUGGAACUAGUUGUCGAUCAGAGCGGAUGAAUAUGUCGUCACGAGGCGCUAUAAGACGGCUUUGUUUCCAUUCUCCAGUUGUACGCCACCUUGGAUUGUGCUACAUUCACUAACUUUUUAUCCUUCAUUAUGGCUCCCAGUGCAAGUCAGACUCUUCUGAUGCUUGGAAGAAAAGGAAAGCCGUCUCGAUGGAAGUGAAAUUAGAUAGAAUAAAACACUGGGAACAGGACCAAACACCGACCAACAUGGGUCAAGUUGUAAAAACAGGUCAACAUAUUGUAGCGACCCUCUGUGAUGAAUGAGUGAGACUUUAUCUGGUUCUCUGCUGGUUUAUUGAACCUUCACACAGGCUACUGUGGACCGUAGUCAAUGCCAGAAUAACUAGAAAAACCCCAUAAUUUAGCUCCAGAAUUAGCCACCGUUCCCAGCUCUCUCUACUGCUGACUCUCAGCCAAUCAGAGGUGAGCUAACUAAACAUGGCAUGUUCACUGACAUUAGGUAAAUCUGGAACUGAACAAUAAACAUUGAAACCUCAACAUCAACAACAUCAUUCUGUUACAAUAUUCUGUUUUCUUCUUCUAAAAUGAUUCAUACAUGCAUGAAAGUCGUUGGUAUUCAUGACUUUUCUGAAGAACUGAUUGAUAUUGUGAUGCAUGUAACGACUUUGUUUACAUUUUCGCUGGAGUUCCGACUUACGGCGAAAAUUGACUCACGUAGAUCCCUAGGAACGGAACUCCAACGUAAGUCGAGGACCCCCUGUAUAAAUAUAUAAAUACACACACACACACACACACACACACACACACACACACACACACACACACACACACAUAU